AUGUCAUCAACUUAUUUUCUAAGAGAAAAAAAAAAACCCCAAAACAUCUUUCUUCUUCCUCUCAAGCGUCUGCUCAGUCAUCUUUGGCUUUGUUCCUCGUCAAUUCUUUGAUCGGUGCUUCCAUUUUCCCGGCAUUGCACGUUCCUCCGCCGCCGCUGCUCACACCUGCUCUUUUCUCUCUCCUCAGUUUCCGGGUUUUGAUACUGCACUGCUGUUUUUCUCCCUUCUCUACUUCGUGGAUGCUGCUGCCACGAGUUCGGUUGGUGUUACUGCUUCUUCGAUGGAGCUUAUGUUCCCCAUGCAUUUCAAUCGCCAGUAAUAUGUCAAUUCUGCCUUGUUGUUGAUGUUGGGGUUCUCUUCUUCACGGUUGUUUCAUAUUUCAAAGGGAGUUGGUUCUAAUUUUGAAGGUAUAAAUUUUGGGUGUUUUGACUCUUAUUUCAUCAAUAGUAAUAUGUUUUACAUGUUAACAAUAGUUCUGAUUUUCAUUAGUCUAAUUGAAUUUGUUAUUGAUUUGAAAAAUCAGAUUAUGGGAAUUUAAAUUGGUAUUAUUUGGGCUGCUUAUAUUAAAGAUUGGAACUUUUGCUCAAUUAUUAGGUUGAAACGUAUUUUUCGAAAUCUAUAAUCUGAAUUUCACUUCUAUUUUAAGUUAAAGUAUAAAAUCAGUUGUUGAUUUUGUUUUAAGUAACUAAGUAGAUUCAGAAAUUGGUAUUGUUUUGUAAACCCUUAUGUUAAACUAAAGUGUGGGAUGGAGAAUUGAACUUGCAAAUCAUAUUAGUUGUUAAGAGGAGUGAGGUUAAUUAUAGUUAGCAAGUGAGGAUGAUGAUGUGAGUUAGAUUAGAAUAAGGGUUUGUAUAUAAGUGUCAUAGUUAGUUCAUAAAUGAGUUUAGGAAUAUAUAAGCAAGUUAAGAUUGUCAAUCUGAAUUGUUUUACAGAUGGAUGUUAAUUUUUAUUGUUCUUAUGAGGUGAAUGAUUGUGUAACUUGAGUAUAUUUUGAAUAAGGAGGAUAUUGGACUCUCGAAGAUUAUUUCGGAGUUGAGUGCUAUUUGAAGAUGCGUAGAGGUCCAAAAUGGCAGUAGAUGCCGUCCCACCCACAGCAUCUCCUUCCAACAAACACAAACGCCGGCAAACCCCAACCCCAACCCAAACCCCAACUUCCCCCACCUCUUUCGAAACUAACAACAAUAAACACAAUUCCACCCCCACCAUCACCACCACCUCCUCCUCCUCUUCCGCCUCUCAAUCAAGCCGUCACUCUCUCUCCAGCCUCCGUGGCUCCCUCCCUGAAAACCCUCACUUAUACGACAUCUCUGAACUACGCUUCGCAACCAACAAUUUCCUUUCUAAGAACUUCUCCGCCUCUUCCUCUUCCUCUCGUUGCUGGCAAUGUUCUCUUCACGGCAAAGAUGUUAUUAUCUUCCAAAGAAAAUCACACAACGUUAGCCAGUUACGCAAUUCAAGUGUUCGGAAGAAGCUGUCUUCUAUCUGCAAAUCGCAUCAUAUCGCUAUUGUUAACCUCCUUGGAGCUUCUAUCUCUGGUGAAUAUGUCUACCUUGUUUACGACUUUAUUAUUGGCGCUAAUCUAUAUGAUGUUCUACAUAAUAAGAAUAACCCUGAUUUCACUGUUCUCAAUUCCUGGAUUUCAAGGAUGCAGGUUGCGACUGAUUUAGCGAAUGGGCUUGAUUAUAUUCAUAAUAAUACUGGGUUAGAUGUGAAAUUUGUUCAUAAUCACAUCAAAUCGAGCAGUGUAAUUGUUACGGAACCAUCCUGUAACGCUAAGAUAUGCCAUUUUGGGACGUCGGAGCUCUGUGGUGAGCCCACUGAGGAGAGAGAAAAUGAUCAAUUUGAUAGUAAUACUCAAAAGAUGACAAUUGAUGAAGACAAAGAGGAAAAAACGACGUCUUCACCUAAGAAAUUGACCAGAUCCAACAGUGUGAAAUUCAACGGCACUACAGGGUACAUGUCGCCGGAGUUCCAAAUGACGGGAGUAGGCACUCGGAAAUCGGACGUGUAUGCGUUCGGGGUGGUUUUGGUGGAGCUGCUGUCGGGGGAGGAGGCAGUGAAGUACAAAUACAAUAAGGCGACGAAAGACUACAUGAAAAUGUCCGCCGUGGAUGUUGCCAGAGAAGUGGUGGUGGGCGGUGGCGAGGAGAGGGAGGGAAGGCUGAGGAAGUGGGUAGAUAGAAGGCUCAAGGACUCUUACCCUGUUGAGGUGGCGGAUAAGAUGACGCGCUUGGCUGUUGAAUGUUUGCACGUGGACCCUGCUAAACGCCCAGACAUGCGACGUGUGGCGGGUAAAAUUUCCAAGUUUUACCUGGAGUCACAAAGUUGGUGUGACAAAAUGAAGAUGCCCACAGAUAUUACGGUGUCGUUUGCUCCUCGAGACUAAUGUAUAAUUCUUUUUGGAGGAGACUGAUGUAUUAUUGACACAAGUCAAAGAUGGGAAGCGUAAAGCGUUACAUUAUUGAAAAUGCUGAACAUGUAGUCUGUACUCUGUAGAGUUGUAACUUGUAAUUGGUAAACAUAGAGUGAUCGACAUGAAAUAAUUUUAUGAAUUCUUCAAUGUGAGACGCUCGGGUAAGAUCAUACAAUUUACUUUCUUUAUUAAUGUUUGAACAUAUGUUUUAACUUUUUAGAUUUUUGUAUAGCUAUUUAUAACUUGUAACCUAAUUUUUAUACUCAUAUCUAAAUAUGAAUGUUUCACAAUAUUUAUGUAA